AUGGCGUACAGCCAGUUCCCUGCGCGGAGCACGUUCCGGGCAGCCCCAGCCGGCGGGGCCCUCCCGCCCGGGCCACGGCCCCCUGGCGCCCCCCAAGGCCCGAGCCGCCCGGCCGGGGAGUGUCGCCGCGGUCUGGCCGCGGGGCGGGGCCGGUGGGAGCGCCGCCGCCGCCUCUGCCUCCGCCCGCAGCUCGGGCGGCCCGCUCGCCCGCCGCCGGGUGCGCCGCGCGCGGGGGGCAGCCGCGGUGCAGAGGUUCAUGCGGCGGCGGCGGCGGCGGCGGCUGCUGGUGCUCCUGCCGCCGCAGAGGCAGCUAGACCGGGCGCUGCCGCCGCCGCCCUCCCCCGGCUCCAUGCCGCCGCCGCCGCCGCCGCCGCCUCCUCCUCUCCGGCGAGGGGCGGGGGGCUCCGGCCCGGGGUGGGCACCACUGCUCGUAGCGCCGCUCCCCUCGCUGCCCUCCGCCCGGGCGCCGGAGCCGGCGAGGGCGCCCGCCGCCCCCUAGGAGCGCACACUCCGUGCGCCCUGCCGGAGCGAGGGGGCGCGCGUGGGCGGGCGGCGGGGACCCCGCGCGCGGCCAGAGGAGGGGGCUUCCCCGAGGAUGCCCAGCAGCCGCCCCCCGCUCCGAGGCACGAGCUGAGCCGGCCCGGGAGCGAGCGGCGCGCAGCCAUGCCGGCGUGACGGGCGCCCCCGGCCGCCCGCGCGGGCCCCCGCGCUGCCCCACGCCGCGCCGCGCCGGCGCCGGGCGGCAGGAUGGGCUGUAUCCAAAGCAUCACCUGCAAGGCGCGGAUCCGGCGCGAGAACAUCGUGGUGUACGAUGUGUGCGCCACCAUCGACCAGUGCCCCACGCGCAUCGAGGAGACCUCGCCCAUCGUCCUGCGCUACAAGACCCCCUACUUCAAAGCCUCAGCCCGCGUGGUCAUGCCCCCCAUCCCCCGCCACGAGACCUGGGUGGUGGGCUGGAUCCAGGCGUGCAACCAGAUGGAGUUCUUCAACACCUACAGCGACCUGGGCAUGUCAAGCUGGGAACUGCCUGACUUGAGGGAAGGGAGAGUAAAAGCCAUCAGUGACUCAGACGGGGUGAGCUACCCUUGGUACGGGAACACAACAGAAACUGUGACCCUGGUUGGCCCGACCAACAAGAUCUCCAGGUUCUCCGUCAGCAUGAAUGACAACUUCUACCCCAGUGUGACGUGGGCGGUGCCUGUGAGUGACAACAACAUGCCGCUGCUCACGAGAAUCAAGAGGGACCAAAGUUUCACGACCUGGCUGGUGGCCAUGAAUACCACCACCAAGGAGAAGAUUAUUCUGCAGACCAUCAAGUGGAGGAUGAGGGUGGACAUUGAGGUGGACCCUCUUCAGCUACUGGGGCAGCGGGCCCGGCUGGUGGGCAGGACUCAGCAGGAGCAGCCCCGGAUCCUGAGCCGGAUGGAGCCCAUCCCCCCGAAUGCACUGGUGAAGCCCAAUGCCAAUGAUGCCCAGGUCCUCAUGUGGAGGCCCAAGCGAGGGCCACCCCUGGUUGUGAUCCCGCCUAAGUAGAAGCAGACUGGCCUGACCGUGUGGAGCACGUGCCCCUGAGACACGCAGGGAGGGUGCCAGGGGGGCUGGGAGCCAAACUGAGUUUCUGAGCCAAAGCAGACCUCCUGGUUUGCCAGCCUUUGCAGCCACUUGUGAAGAGAAGGGCUGCUCCUUGGGCGGUAGAACCACGAUCCUUAGGAAAAGUUUCUUCCUCUUAGGAAUAAAGAAAUCACUGAUUUGA